CUGUACCUGACAGCGCAGUCUAGUGGGUACACAGAGUUUCUGAUGGUCGACGUUAGUGGACUAAGCGGCUUUGUAAAGCAGCCGUCAUGUUCUGACAUAACCCUGAAAGUUACUUCAGCUGUCGCUGCUCGUAAUCUGAAGUUUUGCUGUCAACUGGCGCAUGGUUCUCCCACAGCGAUCAUCUCCAACUUCACCUCCAUAGACGAGUUGUUCCAGUCAAUCGCCGACUGCUUCAAUAUCUCAGCUGACGACAUUAUCUUUUGCACUGUUAACACUUUCAAAAUUGAUAUGGACAAAUUGUUUGCGGGUAGCUUGGGAUACUCCGAUAUGUUAUUUGCACAUAUAAAGGGACAAGCCAUUGAAGUUGAACUCACUAAAACUGAAGGGUUGUUUGGACUUACGGUGAGUGAUAAUGGUCGAUGCAGGUCGUUCAUCAAACGAUUGAAAGAGAACAGCAUUGUCUGUGGGUUUCCUCGUGCGCAACCAGCCCUCGCUGUGGGGCAGUUGAUUGAGUGUAUCGACGGAGUCAAUGUGACCGGCAUGCGGCAUUUCGAGGUGGUGCGAAUCCUCAGAAAUAUGCCAAUCGGUAAAACUUUCAUUCUGCGAGUGGUAUCUCCAAAGCAAUCGGCUUCACGUAAGAAGAACGUCAAUGAGGGCAUGCAGACGCUUCGAUUCAAAGCGAGCGGAGGAGGUGCCGUUGAUAAAGAGAUGAUUAGUCGCUUGAACGAAAUCCUCGAUUCCUAUCUGGGUGUACAAGACGACGGGAUGGCUCGGGCACUCUGGGAGUUGGCGCUUUCAUGCGAGACCCUACCAGAUAUGAGCAAGGCUGUAAAAGAGUCAGAACUUUCGGUAUUCGACUUCCCUGAGGAGCUGGUUUUCGACAUGUGGGGCGUCGUCGGCGAUUCUCGAAGGACAGGUGACAACCAGGCGAAAUCGAAGCCGAAGGAGAAGAAGAAUCUGCUUCGACGCGAUGAAGAGCUAGCGUCGACGCCUCUUUCUUCUUGA